UCACCCGGAAUGCAGGCUGGAAUUAAACAGACCUUCCUGGAAAUCCAAGUAGGCUACAUCAUUGGUUGGUAAGUCCAGAAACUAUCUACACCAUAUUGCGUUAACUUUAGUUUACGACAAUGGCAAUUUCAUUAUCCACCUUUUGCUAAAUGAGCAUGUGUUUUACUGUUGCGCUGAGAGCCUAAAAGUUUCAUGCAGCGGCUCAACAGGUGGUGCGCAACGACUUGAAGCGUUUAACACGCGAGCCAUUAUUCACUUCGAUGAAUAGGCUCCAUCAGGUCUCAAAAAGAUGAAUCUGUGUUCCCGCACUUUUGUUAUGAAAUCAGACAAGCAGCGGUCAUUACAGAUAAUCUUGUUGAACAAUUAGCGUUGGAUAAAUAUCCUGUCCUUUUCUGCUGCGAUAAGGAGUGCGCUGCUCAAAUACAGAAAACACGCAGCGGUUCUGUGGAUGUUUUUUUCUUCUCCUUUUUGGAUUUUGUUAUCCUUUAAGAAUUCGGUGUUGAACAGUUUGGAUUUAUAUGAAAAAAUGGACUGCCGAUCAAGACAACAUGGAUGAACACCUUUUCCAGUAUUUAAAGGAGUAAUUUUGUAACAUAAAGGUGCACUGGUUGUUAUGCCAUACAAGUGUUGGAUCCAAACUGUGUAAAUACACGUCCCUCACCUCAUUUAAACCUACUGCUUCAUACAUAUUUUGGCCGACAGAAGAUACACUGUCCAUGAUAUGACUGGCUCUAGAGGUGACCAUCACACCUUCCAUGAUGGAAUCUGGUCUGUCACCUUCCUCAGACCCUCUUCACCUCAACACCAACAACUUUAUCAAUGACAGCAACAACAGCUGGGGCGGCCUCCUCGAUGCUGACUCACUGAGAAGCAAUGACACGCUGACCCUCCACGGCCACUUCCACAACGCCCUGCUGGGGGUCUGCCUGGGAUUCCUUUCUCUCCUCACGAUCAUGAUGAACCUGCUGGUCCUCUACGCCGUGAAGAGAGAGAAGAGCCUCCACACCGUCGGGAACCUCUACAUUGUCAGCCUGUCAGUGGCAGAUCUGAUCGUGGGGACCACUGUUAUGCCUCUAAACCUGGUGUAUUUGUUGGAGGACGAAUGGAAACUGGGACGGGCUGUCUGCCAAUUUUGGCUCAUCAUGGACUACGUGGCAAGCACGGCCUCAAUUUUCAGCUUGUUUAUCCUGUGUUUGGAUCGGUACCGCUCUGUCAGACAGCCGUUUAAGUACCUAAAGUAUCGAACACGCGGAAAGGCCAGUGUGAUGAUUUCUGGAGCCUGGCUGCUGUCAAUGAUGUGGAUUAUUCCAAUUUUAGGAUGGAGGUCUUUUACUCAUGUAGACCUUAAACCUGAGGAGGAAAACAAGUGUGACACUGAUUUCCGCUUUGUCACGUGGUUUAAGGUUAUUACUGCCGUCUUCAACUUCUAUGUACCUUCAAUUUUGAUGCUGUGGUUUUACACGCACAUCUACUUGGCAGUAAGGCAACAUCUCAGGGACAGAGAGAGAAUCAUUCAUCCCACCGACUCAUUUGGGGAAAAUGCCCAAACGCCAGAGAAAAAUGACUCCAAAUCACCCAAGAGGGAUUUUGAAGGUCCAAUAACACUAUCUAAAAAUAACCGCUUGUUGGACCAGAACACUUUAGAUCAGCCAUAUUCGCUUGAGGAUUCCGAUAAAUCUAAAACUGCUUCAUCCAGAUCUCACAGAAAAAUUGGAGUCAAGUGCCAGCAGAAGUCAUUGCUUGCCAUUACAACAAAGCGCCUCAGGAUGACAAAAAAGGUCAAAAGGUGCACGUUGUCUCCUGAGGAGACGCAGCCAGACGUUGAGAUUCCCCUGAGUCUUCGAUCUUCGGUGCCACAGGACGUAAUUUGCUCAGAGGGGAAUAAUGAGAACAAACUUCAAGCGUCUUUAAACGAAUGUCACGUCACAGUGCCAAAGUCAGUGAGUGGUGUCUGUGAUAUCGGUCAGGUUUCAGACGUGCAGAGAUACACUUCUGUGCUCUACAACAACUACGACCCCAGUCAGCCUCCGCCCUGGACUGAGGAAGGGGUCGAAGAUGCAGAAUUGAACCCAGCUAAUGCAGUGACUCUGAGACAGACGUGGCAAAGAUUUAUCAACCAAUCACGUCAGCGCAUCCAAAGCCUGAGGAUCCACAAAGAGCACAAGGCAGCCAAGCAGCUGGGCUUUAUAAUCGCUGCUUUCUUGUUGUGUUGGAUACCAUACUUCAUAACUUUCAUGGUCAUGGCGUUCUGCAAAGAGUGCGUGCACCACGACCUUCACAUGUUCACCAUAUGGUUAGGUUACAUCAACUCAACUCUCAACCCUUUUAUUUACCCGCUCUGCAACGGGAACUUCAAACGAGUCUUCAAAAAUAUUCUUAACAUUCAUUUGUGACAGGCAGAGCAAAGAAGCAGAACACAAUCAUAGGUGUCUAAAUGGUGCUGAUAUUGACAGAUAAGAAGGGAACAUCUGUUGCAUCAAUUAAAUGUCUUCAACACCCUCGCAUAGGUGAGCUUUUUAAGUGUAGAUAAAACUGUAAAUGUAUUUUGAACGUCAGUUACUUCGGUUUGUGCUAAAUCUUAUUUUUGUAACUUACUGGCCUUCGAUUUAGACUCAUGGCAACAGUUGAGGGAGCAGUUCGAACUUCAAUGUUAUUUAUUCUGUCUAUGUUAUUCCUCAGACCAGACACCAAAAGAAUGUAAUCUCUCACCCUCAUAAAGAGGAGCAUGACUCUAUAUUGGCUCUGGUCCAGAGCGGAGGAAAACUAUGUCCCAAAAUGUGUUUUUAAAGAAUAUCCUAUUUAUUUGUAUUCAUUUUUGCACCAUCAAUGUACAGAACCAGAGAUGUAACAUAAUACAAUAAAUCUAACAUUUUUACAAACGUGCAUUUGUCACUUUGUUUUUCUCAUCAUUAGACCAGGAUGUGGAGCAUGAGUAAGAAAAAAAACACAAAUCAAAGCGUCUGCUGAGCUGUUACCCAAGGGGAUCUGUUCGUUUGGUUGUUACUUUAUUUCAUCCUUUUGACAGUUUCUAAACAUGCAAGGUUUCAAAAUACGCAUUGUUUUAACACAUUAAGAUCACCAUCUUAAUAAUAAUCUGUAGAAAUAUUCUGGUCUUUUUUGUUUGUGCUUUGUCAACUCUUCACUAUCCUCGAGUUGAAUAGGUGAGUGUAUCAGCAAAUACAAUAUAUACUUAUAUGAAUCACAAGUAAUCACACUUUCAACAAAAACAGUGAUGUGUUUGCACGGCAACCAUUUGCACUUGAUGACACUCAUCUAUUUCAUGAUGUGAUGUAGCUCAUGCCUCACGACUCCCAUUGUGUCAUCGUAGCCAAAGAACACCAAAUAAUAUUUAUUUCACAAUGCAGUGGAAAAGCAACCGUUAAUUUGAGGCUCAUGUAAGUGCCUUUGUAUUCAAUAAAUAUUUGGGAAAAACACACAAAGUGCCUCCUUCAGGCUCUAGAGACGAAGCAUUGAAGUACAAUUAUGCCUGCAAUCCUGUUGUGAAAAACACAGUUAAGUGGUUCUACGAUUAACAUGUAACCACUGUCAAAUCAGUGCUCAGAUUUUCAAAAGGUUCCUCACAUCAAGGGUCCAUUAUUGUAUUUCACUGAAUAAUGCGAUGACUGCAACAAAAUCUAGAGACAUAAUGUUUCCUGUGUCCAGUGAACACAGACGGGUUCUGAGUCACUGCUUAGCCAAAUCAAAUAAAUCAGUGGUGGGUGGAACUGAGCUGGAAGAAGUGUGAUUGCACUCCCGCCAUCUUUACAUUACACCUCAGUCACAAACAUGGAGCUAGUGUCAGGCUGGUAUUCAGGAAAAACUAUGAUGUUUCAGAUGUAAACUCAUCAUUGGUGUAAAAGGUGACAACGAUGAAAAGACACAAUCCUCCUGCUGGGGACUGUAGUAGCAUUUGUACUGUUAACUUUGGUAAAGUAUUUUCAUCAUAAAAAUUAGGAGCAUUUCUAACACCUGUGUGACCCAUCUGUCCACCCCGGCCUCCUCCGUGCGUCGACCUUGUUGCUCUUUAUACUACAUCACCUGACUUCCUUCUGUCAUAAUUACUACGACCACUAGAAGUGGCGACCUAAAAGCAAACGUAUAUAUGGGUCGCCCUAUACAGACUUUUUUGAGGGGAGAAUGGUCUGAAAAUACA